GCUAUGCAGAUUGCAGAGAUUCAAGCGAUGAAAAUGCAAUAAUCUGUCGCGACUAUCCAUGUCCUGAAUAUACGUUUCGUUGUUUGUAUGGAGGUUGCGUUUAUCAGGAAGUUGUUUGCGACGGUGUUAAAGACUGUGUCGAUGGUGCUGAUGAAGAUUUAAACAUAUGCGCAACUGUUAAUUGCAAGGGUGAAAAGUGUUCAGAAUAUAAAUGCCGUGAAAAUGAAUUUGGAUGUAAAACCAGAAAACAAUGCUUACCAAAAUCUAAAGUAUGCGAUGGUAUUCGGCACUGCGUAGACGCAUCUGACGAAAUUGCAGAAAUGUGCACAGCAC